GUGUCCAAUACGAAUUCUUUUCGGGGCUAAAUUAUCGGCCGUUGUUGUCAUCCUGCGAUGUCACGACAAACGAGCAACAGUCUACAGCCUGAAACCACUGGGAUUCUUAAUUUCAAGAGAAAGGUUUAUCAUUUCAAUCGCUUAAGAGAUAUUUUUAACCUACUUCAGUCCAUUUCAGGAAAACAUACCGUAUCCGUAUAAAAGGCUUUAUCUUAGAAUUUGGGAUUUUGAUAUUUCGCCCUGCGGAGGCUGUGAGGUGAAACCCAGAAGGGAAUUUGUCUGAGAUUUCAAGAUUUCGUGAAAAACCCCUUCGUCAAUGGCGUCCAGGAGGCAGUUGCAGUGUUUGGUAAGCCGGGUUUGCAGGGGAAGGAGGCCAUACUCUACGGUCCCUGAAAGCAGCGCCUCUUCUUUUCCUGCCUCUGAGAAGCUCAUUGACCUGGAAAAAGAUCACAGUGCCCAUAACUACCACCCAAUUCCAGUUGUAUUCUCUGAAGCCAAGGGAUCAUCAAUAUGGGACCCCGAGGGUAAGAGAUAUCUGGAUUUUCUAGCAGCUUAUUCUGCUGUCAACCAGGGACAUUGUCAUCCAAAGAUCGUCAAAGCAUUCCAAGAACAAGCAGAGAAACUCACUCUUAGCUCUCGAGCCUUCCAUAAUGAUAGAUUUCCCCCAUUUGCCGAGUAUUUAACAAAAAUUUUUGGCUAUGAUAUGGUGCUUCCAAUGAACACUGGUGCUGAAGGAGUGGAGACUGCUUUGAAGUUGGCAAGGAAAUGGGGUUACAAGAAGAAGAAAAUCCCCAAAGAUGAAGCUAUCAUUGUUUCAUGUUGUGGAUGCUUUCAUGGCCGUACGUUGGCUGUUAUUUCCAUGAGCUGCGACAAUGAAGCGACCCGUGAAUUUGGGCCAUUGUUGCCUGGACAUCUUAAAGUCGAUUUUGGUGAUGCAGUUGCCCUUGAGAAAAUCUUUAAAGAAUACGGAGACCGAAUAGCUGGAUUUUUGUUUGAGCCCAUUCAAGGAGAGGCUGGGGUUAUAAUUCCCCCUGAUGGUUACUUGAAAGCUGUACGAGAUCUUUGCACAAAGUAUAAUAUCUUGAUGAUUGCUGAUGAAAUACAAUCUGGCUUAGCAAGGUCAGGGAAAUUAUUGGCUUGUGAUUGGGAAAAUGUCAGACCAGAUUUAGUGAUACUGGGAAAAGCAUUGGGUGGUGGAGUAAUACCUGUGAGUGCUGUUCUUGCUGACAAAGAUGUAAUGCUUUGUAUCCAACCUGGGGAGCACGGGAGUACUUUUGGAGGAAAUCCAUUGGGAAGUGCAGUUGCUAUUGCAUCACUCGACGUGAUCAAAGAUGAGAAACUUGCUGAAAGAUCAGCUCAGUUAGGAGAGGAGCUUAGAAAUCAACUAGUCAAAGUUCAGGAACGAUUCCCGGAAUACAUCAAGGACGUUCGAGGUAGAGGUUUAUUCAAUGCUGUGGAGCUCAAAGGCAAAGCUUUGUCUCCUGUUUCUGCAUAUGAUAUCUGCAUGAAGUUGAAGGAGAGGGGAGUUCUUGCUAAGCCAACACAUGAUACUAUUAUUCGAUUAACUCCUCCACUCUCCAUAAGUUGGGAUGAGCUGAAAGAAGGGUCAAAGGCACUGAAUGAUGUGAUGGAACAUGAUCUUCCACAGCUGCUCAAGGAAAAGCCACACAAUGCUUCCUCAACUCAUUCCAGUUCCAACAUAUGUGAUCGCUGUGGAAGAAACCUGUAUGCCUCUGAAGAUUAAAAUCUCUCAACUGCUCUUUCCCUCCAUCACAAGCCAAUAAAAAAUGGGGUUUCUUUCAACUUUUCUUAAACAUUAUGUAUUGUAUUCUGCCACUCUGGAUUGCCAUUUAAAGAAAGAUUGAGGACUAAAGUGGAAUAUUUACAAGUACGUGCCUAAAAGUAUAGGGGUUAUUGUGCA